UCAUUUUUGUAUAACGUUUUUCCGCUUAUGUGUUGGUAGUUAUUACUUUAGGGGAUGUAAUUUGCAUCUCUAGUCAUUAAAAACAGUCAAACGAAGUUUUCAUUGUUAUUAGUAUUUGUGAUGCCAGUAAUGAACGUGAUCGUCGUUUGUAAACAGAAAUUUUAAAUUUUUGACGUGGAGUCCCAUUGGCUUCCUGUGUACUAGUCGAGUGCAAUGUGAUACGUAAUGGCGGGUAAGGCGUUACAGUGGAAAUUAGUGGCGAAUCCCACUGGGCCCCAACCUAGACCGCGCCAUGGACACAGGGCGGUUGCUAUUAAAGACUUAAUGGUUGUUUUUGGUGGCGGAAACGAGGGAAUUGUCGAUGAACUUCAUGUUUACAACACAGCCACAAACCAAUGGUUUGUGCCACUUCCAAAGGGCGAUGUACCUCCUGGUUGCGCUGCAUAUGGUUUUGUUGUCGAGGGCACUAGGCUUUUAGUCUUUGGGGGUAUGGUAGAAUAUGGCAAAUAUAGCAACGAACUUUAUGAAUUACAGGCAUCAAAAUGGGAAUGGAAAAAUAUAAAGCCAAAAAACCCCAAAUCAGGGCCCCCACCUUGUCCUAGAUUAGGACAUAGUUUUACAAUUGUUAAUUCAAAGGUGUAUCUCUUCGGAGGCCUGGCUAAUGACAGUGUGGAUCCCAAAAUCAAUGUUCCACGCUAUUUAAAUGAUUUGUAUACCCUUAAUAUACGUACCAUCCCCAUGCAGUGGGAGAUUCCAAUAACCCAUGGUCCUUCUCCACCGCCACGAGAAUCUCACACUGGUGUAGCAUAUGUUGACAAGAAAAUAUCGAAGUCCUUUUUGGUUAUAUAUGGAGGUAUGAGUGGAUGUAGACUUGGAGAUCUUUGGUUUUUGGAUACUGAAAAUAUGACUUGGAGUAAACCUCAAGUUUCCGGAAUAACUCCUUUGCCAAGGUCUUUGCACACAUCAACAUUAAUUGGUCAUAGGAUGUUUGUUUUUGGAGGGUGGGUUCCAGUUGUAGCAGAUGAAGGAAAACUAUCCAUUAGUGAGAAAGAAUGGAAAUGUACCAGCACUAUGGCGUGCCUUAAUCUAGAAACCAUGAAUUGGGAAGAUUUAAAUAUUCUUCAUGACUCAGAAAACAGUGUGCCAUGUGCCAGAGCAGGUCACUGUGCGGUUGGAAUUAGUACACGUCUGUACAUAUGGUCUGGGCGGGAUGGAUACCGGAAAGCGUGGAAGAACCAGGUGUGUUGUAAAGACCUUUGGUAUUUAGAAGUUGAUAAGCCACCAGCACCAAGUCGAGUCUCCCUGGUCAAGGCUGGCACACAUUCCCUUGAGGUUAAUUGGACUGGUUCAUCAUCAGUGUCAACAUAUGUACUACAGAUUCAGAAGUAUGAUCUUCCUCAAAACCAACCUCAACCUGCUAAGACGAUUACACCACAUUCGGCUGUCCCUCAGUUAGUAUCCUCCCCAAAGUCAGGUCAGCAGGUUUUAGGAAGCCCAUCUUCAGCACCCACUCAAACCAGGACACAGGUUGCAUUAAUGGGUUCACCUAGCAAGGUUCAGUUAAAAGCGCGACAGCCUGUCAAAAUUGUAACUACAUGUCCUCCUGUAAUAUUUUCUUCUACACCCUCCACCUCAGUCACUGGUCAAACUGUAGUGGCUGCCAUCGAUAGCUCGACUAAGACGACAGGGCAGGCGGCUGGACAGAUGUCUGGUAUUCAGGCAUUGGCUGCAGCCGCAGCUGCUACGCAGAAGAUCAGUGUCGGCUCCACUCAAGCUACACAAAUAAAACUUGCGUCCCCUAUGAGGAUUGCGGGAGGUCAGGGUACCCUGAUCAAGGCAGCUCCCCAGCAGGGCGGUAAACAGUUGUUAGUUAAGCAAGGAGGCAAUAUAAUUCAAAAAACUGGAGCCGUGCAACAACAAGUUGUCACAUUAGUGAAAACUAGCACCGGCAUGACUUUGGCAACGUUGCCAAAGGGAGGGACGGUUGUUCAAAAUAAAAUCGCAUCCGGGCAAGUGUUGUCCCCGCAAGCCAAGAACACUAUUGUCAAAAUAGUACCUGGAAAUUCUGCUAAUAAAGUAUUAACCACACUCAAAACAAUACCGUCGAACAUGAUACAGAUGAAUAAAACUACCGGCAAGUUGGUUUUGUCUAAGGGAGCUGCCAGUCAAAUACCUACAAUCGGUAAUCAGCAAGUAUUAGUUGUAAGUUCAACGUCGGGUUUAAAGAAUAUUCAAACGUUGACGAAUGCCCAAGCGGUCAACAUGUCGUUGGUAAAAACGAAUACCGUCAAUACCCAACCCGUAGUUACCGCAUCGUCUCUAACGGGGCUGCAGGGGGUGAAAAUUGCAAAGCCCAUCACGAUUUCUAUGCCCAUGCAAGUGGUGGGAGCACCAAAAACGGUGACCCUUACAAAAAACACGAAGCAAGUGAUGAUCGGCGGGAAGCAGUUGACGGUUCAAAUGGCGUCGGGCACAAACAAAACGUUGACGGUAGUUCAACCGUCUCAGCUAGGUAAGAUAGUUCGUUUACCCUCAUCAUCCGCCGUCAGCAAUAACACGGAACAACCAAAGUUAAUGGUCGUGCAACGACCGAAACAGACCACUCAACAACCAACCGCCACCAUAGCAGCGUCCGCUUCAUUCGAAGGACCCGCUACUACAGACGCGGCUCUAGCCGCUUUGGCAGCCGAAGCGGGUUUGAUCGAUCCGGAACCCUCGAAACACGAUGGUAAAGAAUUAGGCAACGUUACAGCGGAGCAAACGAUUGUACCUGACGAGACGCAAGCAGACAUCCAGAUCGCGUCAAUCGAACCACCGACGGAAGGCGUCGAACUCGCGACGGGUCUCUUAGGAGGUAGUCCCGUGUACAAAUUAUCGCUUAAGGGCGGCGGGUCGUGGUGCCGCCCUCCGCGAGGUUAUAAAUUUAAAAAGAUCGGACUUAAGGGCGGCGGCAAAGACGAAGACAACGCGAAGUCUCCGACUACCACCGCCGAAGCGGACUCGACGCAGAGUUCCAUUAACGGUUUAGGAAAAGUGAAAGAGAACCCCGAGGCGGGUAGUGAAACUAUGGAAAUGGAGUUUGGUCCUACGGAAAUUAAACCGGAACCUACACUGGACCUCAUUGCUCAGCCUAAAGAAGAGAAAGAGGAUGCUGAAGAACUAAGCGAUUCGGCAUUGGAUAUGGACGUUAAAUCGGAAGAACCUGAUAGUGGAUUCAAUUUUUCAUUUAGCGCCUCGCCGAAAAAAGACGAUUUGUUAUCGAACGACGAAGACGAAGAUAAUCAAGGCGAAGAUGCAAGCGAAGACCCUUUGGCAGCGCUAGCGUCUGCGGCACUCGACCAUUCGAAAGACCUGAACAAGACUGAAUUCAAUGGUUCUUCUGUACCGCAGAAACCGGUCAAGGGUACCUGGUAUACGGUAGGAUUUAUUAAGGGAACGACUUGUGAUGUGAAGAACUAUUAUCUGUUGUCGGCCACAGACGAUUUAAAUCUGGAUGAUUUGCCGGAGUUAUCGAACUUCCCCAAAAUAAAUCUUGAACCGGGAACGGCUUACAAAUACAGAGUAGCAGCAAUCAACUCGGUCGGCAGGGGCGAAUGGAGCGAGGUGUCCGCUUUCAAAACCUGUGUGCCCGGUUUUCCUGGUGCCCCUUCGGCGAUUAAAAUAGCAAAAGCUAACGAUGGGGCGUAUCUAUCGUGGGAACCUCCGGGAUCCAAUCCACAUGAAAUUUUGGAGUACUCAGUUUUCCUUGCAGUUCGGGGAAAGGAAAAAGUGGCCACAAAUACUCCUUCGCAGUUUGCAUUCGUAAGGGUAUAUUGCGGUCCCAGCAAUCAAUGUGUUGUAGGCAAUACCUCGCUGCAAGCUGCUCACAUUGAUACUUCUACUAAAGCCGCGAUAAUAUUCAGAAUUGCAGCAAAAAAUGACAAAGGUUAUGGACCCGCCACACAAGUCAGGUGGCUUCAAGAUCCAGGAUUACAAAGUAAAACAACUAAAAGGUUGGCAGACGCUCAGCCUGCUACAAUAAAAAAAAUAAAACUUCAAGACGAAAUGUGAAAUCUUAAAACGAAAUUAAUGUUUCGUGUAAAGUAGUAUACAUAUUAUAAAUAUAUACAUAUGAAUAUCAUGGUGGUAAGCUGCAGCCAGUCACAUUGUUCACGUGGUUUUAGUUUAAAAUGUCUUUCUUUUCUCUCCGGUAUGGUGGAGAUUAAUUUUUAUUUAGAUUGUUUUAGAGAGUUGUUAGAUUUUCCAAAGCUGUUAAUUUUGUUUUUUUGUAAAUGGUGCUUCUUGAACAUUAUAAUUUUUUUACUGGUUUAGCAGAUAUCCGUAUGAUAUCCGUUAGUUUAAACAAAUGGGUGAAAGAUGUGUGUGCGCGAGAUUGAUUAUGUUCUUUUUACUUUUACCGAAUUGGAUGACGACGCACGGUAAUCGAAUCAUGGUUUUACAAGUGAAAUAAUUUUUUUUGCGUUUUAUAUAGUCGCACUUAUAUAAAUGCUAUUUAAUUUAACUUUUUAAUUUUAAAAUUGUUUUAUGUUCAAAACACUCCCCACCCAUUUUUUUUCAUAGUGAUUGUAUAAUGUAAAUAGACAUUUUAAUAAGUAAUAGUAUAAUAAUCAAUAGGCAAUUGAUAACAAAUAUUUUUACUUAAGUAUACAUAAGUGGUUUCAGCUAUUUUUUAUUUAGCGAUGUCAACUCCAGUAUAGCAUUUUUUCAUAAUUUUAUUUAUAUUCUGGCGCCUACAUGAUAUAAUCAAAAAUAAAUUAUUUCAAAAAAUUGGACUCUUAUUCAAUGCGUAUUGUCCCCGCGCGACCGGCGCACUGGGUGCUGAACGAUCUACAGACAUCUACAUUCUAACACUUAGACGCACACUCACAUUUUGACACAAACACAAUGAUAUUUAUAUAUAGACACAUUUACACACACAUACACACACUUACAUUCUGGCAUAUAGACAGGCACUCGCAUUUUGACAUUCACAUUCUGACACUCAUUAUGACACAAAUACAAAAUGACAUUUUGACAUUCAUUGACACAUGUCACAGUCUGACAAAUAGACACACAUUCUGAGACAACUGAUUAACGAUUCGGCGUUUACAAAAUUAAGGACAUGUACAAAAUGGUAAAAAUUAGUUUGAUGUUUGUAGUAGCGUUCUUUGUGGUUUAGGUGCGAAAACUACAAGCCCCUUAAACGCAACGUACGUCUUUUUGAAAUUUUGCUGUAGGACCCAACCAUGAGCCUGCGCAACUGGAACCGUCAUCACAGAGCCGUAAUCCUGGUGUUGGCUGUCAGUAACGGCGAAAAAGAUAGAACUACAACGAACCAAAGAAUAUGCGCCUGUAUAAGUGUUGUAAAUAGUGUGAUUGUUAAUAAUAAAAUGACUUUAAGUGAAAUGUGCAUUAUAACUUUUU